ACCUUUGAGUAAAAAUCAUCUCGACCUUCGAACUUCGAACUGACAAUUCAUCAGUGUGACCAACUGAAGUAAUAUCCUACCAGAUCCAAAUGACUCGAAUUAUUAUACAAAACACAACAGUUUUGACACUUGACGAUGACAAUACGUUCUACUAUCCAGGAACCAUCGAGAUUCGAAAUGACAAAAUCUUCAGCAUCGGAGACUGGGCGCGGGAUACGAUUCUAGAUGAAUAUGAUGGAGAAACGACAAUUAUUGAUGGCACAGACAAACUUGUAAUGCCCGGUUUGGUCGACCUUCACUUCCACACUUCUGUUGCAAAGGGCUAUGGGGACAACCUACCUCUCUGGGAAUUCCUUGACCGAAUAUGGUAUCCCUCAAUUCGAGCCCUGACACCAGAGACGUGCCUCACGGCGGCCUUGCACUCGUACAUCACAGCUCUGAAGUCUGGAACUACGACUGUGAACGAUAUGUACCGCCACCUGGACUCACUUGCGAGUGCUGCAUUGCAAACUGGGAUUCGGGCGGUCAUUAGCAACAAUAUUGCGCUUCCUGAGCAUAUGCUUGAUUCCGUAGAUGAUAAUGUGCAAGCAUUCAAGCGCAACAAUAACAAGGGAAACGGGCGCAUCAAGGUUUGGCUUGGCCUAGAGUGGAUGCCGCUUUCCGACGAACCUUUGCUCGCUGAGAUUGGACGGGUGAAGAAAGAGCUGGGAACUGGCGUCCACAUCCAUUUGUGCGAGAGCAGAACUGAGAUCGCGGAUAGCAUGAAGAGAUUUGGCAAACGUCCCGUGGAGAUGGUUUACGAGGCUGGAAUCCUGGGUCCGGAUUGCGUGGCAGCGCAUUGUGUACACUUGUCAGACAACGAGAUUCGGCUACUAGGCGAGACUGGCACAUCAUUCUCGCACAACGCAGGGUCAAAUGCGAAGCUCGGAAAUGGAGUUGCUAGAGUCCAGGACAUGCUCAAAGCCGGUAUCAAUAUCGGCUUGGGGGUUGAUGCGUGCGAGUGCCAUAAUUCCACAGAUAUGUUCGAAGAGAUGAAGAUAACAUCUUAUAUGCAGCGAGCGACGAUGGAGGAUGCUUCGUUGGGACAGCCAAGCCAGAUUCUGAGGAUGGGGACAAGCAAUGGCGCAAAAGCUUUGGGUAUUGAUGCUGGAAUGUUGGUAGCGGGGAAGAAGGCGGACGUGAUUCUUCUUGAUUUGAAGAAGGACAUGAUGUUUACGCCGCUUCUCAAGGAGCCCAAGGAAGAACGACGGCGCAUGCUGGAAAGCCAUCUUGUUUUCGGAUGCAAUGGGUCGGGAGUGGAUACCGUGAUUGUCGAUGGAAGGAUCGUGAUGGAGGGGAGGAAGGUGUUGGGUGUCGACGAGGAAAAUGUACGGCAGGAAAUGGAUCUUCUGUUCCGAAAUCUCAUAGAUUCGAUACCGAAGGUAACAGUAGAGCGCGAGAAGUAGAUUGAGAGUUCUUUGCGAUGUCGGUUCUUUCUCGUGGUGAGGACGGGAUGCUGUCGCAUGCGAAUGGCAAACUUCAAGCUACAUGCUGACAGGAACAUUCUGGAUUGUCUCGCCCUAAUCUGCGAAGCCAACUCACGUAGCGGUGAUGUUAGUCUUUGGUCUGAGGGUGCCGUUGAACGAAGGGGCCUGGAUUUAUCCCCGCCAUGAGCAGAAGCUGUUAAGAACUUAAGCUCUC